GCAUCCACACACGCGCUGUGCAUUCUUCUGCAUCGGCCACAGACUCAGAGAGAGAGAGAGAGAGAGAGAGAGAGAGAGACAGUGAGGGAGAGACAGAGGACACCGCGCAACGGCAACCUGAGACGCGCGUCCUCCGUCAGAGCGAACGGGAACUUUGAUGAUUUGACGGUGAAACCGAUGGAAACGUGGAGAUGAUGUUCCAGUCCUUGAUGAUGGAUUCGUCUUUCAGCAUGUCCAGCUAUGCUGUCCUUGUGCUCGUCUCCUAAUAGACUGCUGAUCCAUUUUUCUUCUCAAAGACUUCUGCUAUACUACAGCUUUUGUGAUUCCGCGUGAAGAACAGUGAAGGAAACGGGGCGCAUUGUUUCAAUUUAUCAUUAUUAUAAAGGACUUCCAAUUCAUACAGGAUUCGUGAUGACUGCAACAUACCGCUCCUUAUUCCUCUUGCUGUUGAGUUUACUCUCGGCCGGGGCUCAGACCGAGAUGAAGCGGGUUGUUGGGGACAAUGCCACUUUGCCUUGCCAUCACCAGUUCUGGCAGUCGAAUGGACAAACACUGGACAUUGAAUGGCUCCUGCAGAAACCCAAUGUUAAACAACGUGUGAUCAUCACAUUCUUCAACAACGAGGUCUACACUAACGACAACCAUGCCAGUCGCCUCUCCUUUGCUGGCGACUACCUGAACGGAGACGCCUCUCUCCUGAUCAGCGAUCUGCAGUUGACCGACUCUGGAGAAUACCAUUGUAAGGUCAAGACCGGCGGCAAAUACCACUGGAGCCAAGUCAACCUCAUUGUGCUGGUGAAGCCAUCUAAACCCCGCUGCUGGAUGGAGGGCCGGCUUCUGGAGGGCAGUGAUGUGAAACUGAGCUGUAAGUCUUCAGACGGAUCUGACCCUAUUCACUACAAAUGGGAGAGAGUUCUGGAUAAGGGCAAGAGCGUGGGAAAACUGCCUCCCCUCGCACUCAUCGAUCUGAAGAACCCAGAGAUCGUGACCUUGAGGAACUUGACGCAGGACAGCUCUGGGGUCUACAAGUGCACCGCCAGCAACGAUGUAGGAGAGGAGAACUGUAUCAUCGAGGUCACAAUGCAAUAUGUGCGGGGCAUGGGUGUGGUGGCUGGAGCCGUGGUUGGCGUUUCAUUCGGUGUUCUGCUCCUCAUUCUCAUCAUCUGGCUGGUCUUCCGCAAAAAGGAGAAGAAGAAAUAUGAGGAGGAGGAGACGCCUAAUGAGAUCAGAGAGGAUGCAGAAGCUCCUAAAGCCAAGCUGGUGAAGCCCAACUCCCUCUCCUCGUCUCGCUCUGGCAGCUCCCGCUCCGGUGCCUCCUCCACACAGUCCAUGGUGCACAACAGCGCACCUCGAGGCCAGCGUCCACGGCCACCUGCUGUCGCCGCCCUCAAGGAGAACGGACAGCCCCACGGGUAUCCCCAGUCUCCCCCGGCCUACACACAGGUUGUGCCUAAAACCCCAGAACCCCCAGCCACCCCAAAAUUCAGACCCCCCAAUCCACCAGUGGGCAUGUCCAUCCCGGCGGGCAUCAUGGUCCCUGCUCAAAGCAAGGCCUUUCAGACAGUGUAGAGAGUAAAGGAAGCGCGGCCUGGUGCGGGUCUCCGUACAAGACACCCACAGUGACUCUUCCAAAAGUUGCAACUACGAUUGGAAAAAUAAAAUACACACAAAAAAAUAAAAGCAUAAUUGAAAAAUAAAAUCAAUCAUAUAAAAUCUAAAAAGUUGAAUGCAUAUUUACAAGGGAAAAUACACAGUGCUUGCCCCCUUCUGAAGUAUUAAAAGAAAACAAGGGAGGAACUGAAGAACAAGAAUUUUUUUAUUCUUAUUCUUUGAUUCUCUACCCUUCUUUUGAUCUCAUGGCACAGUCUGACCCUUUUUUUAACAUUAUUUGUUUUGCUUUCACUUUUUGAGCUAUUUCUGGGCGGUGGGGUGGAAAAAUUUCCCCAAGUGCAGUUUAUUUAUUUAUUGCAUCAGAGAGGCUAAAGGUCCAAGGGCAGGCUGGGUUUAUGAAACAUGACGGCGAGUGGAAGGACCAGCCGACUCUGAAGAGAAAUGAAGGAUAUUAUCCAAGAACCUGUUGUUUCUGUCGAAGGCGAGGGGGCGGCUCUGGGAACAUGAACUGUCCAUCUCAUUCCCAUUCAUUUUGCCCAGAAUGCAAUGCAAUAUCGACUGUGGCUCAGACAUCAAAAUCGAAGGCAAUCUUAUUAAUAUCUUAUCAAACCCACUAAGAAGAAGUGAAGUGAUCGGAAGAAAUGGUCCCCGAUGGACAUUUCAGCACGUGGAUGACGACGUGUCAUUGAUGUAGUGGCAAAGAGAGACUUUACCAGUUCAGUCAUCAUGUAACACACUGUGGGGCGAAUUCACCGAACAGUUUCGCUACCUUAGCACGCUAUAUUUCAUAAAAAACACCCAUUUAACAGUAUUUAAAUGAUGCCAUUGUCAUUGGUUUUUGCGCAAACCCACUUUUUCUAUGUAAAUUAGGCUGAUAUUGUAUCUUUUCAUCAAAAAUCACUGCUACUUAUGUUUUACUAUUACUGCCCACAGAUGCAGAUGGUAAAAGAAAUUCAGUAUACGAGAUUUCAUCUAUGUUUUCUAGCAGUGAUAAUUCAUCAAAUGAUGAAUGAUGGGAGAAGAGCAUUGUAUCCGGUAAACCUUUAUUUUGAUAGUCCACUUCUAAUAGCUAUAAGUAACGUUGCAACUACAUGUCAACUAGCAGUCAUUAGAGUAUUAGACUGUCUGCUUAAUAUCUGCAAACACUUUAUUUUGAUGGUCCCCAACAGACAUUCAACUGAUUAUAAGUAAAUUUUGCAAGUUUGUCAAUUUAUUCUAUUAACCCUAAUCCUAACCUUACAGCCUACUACUCUAAUGAGAAUUAGUUGAAGUGUAGUUGCAAAGUUACUUAGCAGAAUGUCUGAAGUUUACUAUCAAAAUAUAUCCCAAUGUGUCAUGCAGUCAAGCGCACUUUAAUCACCGUUUUAGGUGCCUUGCAUUGCUGUAUGUACAUUCCCAGUAAAGUACACCAGAUUGCAGUAAUCUGCUGUAUCCUUCACAAUCUUGCACUCAGAACUGACCUGUGUAAUAGCGGCGGGUAAAAUGUUGCAGCCAGUGAUUUGCACAAUUCCAUUCGUGAACUGGGUGUUAGAAACACGACGUGUGGAAAUCAACAAUGCCAUUGGCAGGUGCAAUUGAUCCUUAGUGAAUUCCCCCUGUGUGUCAACUGCUCUCUAAAUACUGCUAUGAAUUUUUUGCAGUUAAAUCUAUGUAUAUACAUGGAGUGUACUGUACGUCCUUGACAGAAAGUCUGCAGUCUGGUUUCGGAUGUCAUCCUCAGUGUUUCAUGGACUUAAGUUUGUAUUACAUACCGACCGCGGUAUAUUUGUUACAGCUGUAUUUCCAAUGAUACUGAAACCAAAACCUGUCACGAAUACUAUGAAUGUGUAUAAGUCGAAGAUAGUUUUGGUUUUUAUUUAUUUUUUCCUUCUUUUCUAGAAUACCCAGCGGUACUGCAUAAUAGCAUACGAGGCACAAGUAAUUUUGGACUAUAAUCUCACAGUACUGUGGAGAAGUAAAUGAAAGGGAAUGACAUAACAGGGACUUAUGUACAGAGCGUGUGUGAAACUAGUGCGUGUGUGCACAUUUGCGGUACUCUCCUUCUAGUUCGUGUAUGCACCACAGUACCAUCCCAGGACUCUCCUAGGACCCUCUAACAACAGGCUGUCUCAAGAUGGCUAGCUCUUUGUGCUAGCCGCCCCACAGCUUCCUCCGCCAAGCGCUGUCAAAACCCUCUCCAUUAACGGCGUCUCGAAGCCCCUGGGAAGACCUUGCUUGGUGCAUUUGUGAAUUUUGAAAUGGACAAGUUGCCUGUUUUGUGUGCCUUCACAGUGAAUUCUUCCCCCGAGAUUGCUUUUGUCCUUGGUUCUUUGCAAUGUACCAGACAACAAAAAAAAAAACAAAGGAAUUCAUGUGUAAAACGGCCCCCAUCAGCGGAGGGAGAGAGAGCGCUCUGGCACAAAGAGGCGGACCAAACACAGCCCCACGAAAAAUGUACACUCUGUAGUCAUGAUGCUGUUUUAUAUUGUACAUACAGAUAAAUAUACGCACACAAUAUCCUUUAAGUUAUCAGUUGAAGAUUGGGGUUAUAGGCCAUAAUAAAGAUAUAGAUGAGGUAUAAUGCAUUUUCAGAGAGUAAUAAUUGGUCAUUGUAGCCCCUGACCCGCUAAGCUCCCUUUAAUAAGUAAAAUCAUUUCCUCCUUAAUGGCUACUUGUAUAUCUGCCAUUGAUGGACCUUAAUAUUUAAGAGAGGAAAAGCCAUAAGACGUGAGGAAGCAAGCAUACAAAAUUAUUUUUGGGCCACUUUCAAGUGUAUGUGCCAACCUUGUUCGUCAUUCUUAUUGGGUUGCAGUCUCUAAUGUAGCCGAGUGCUGCCUAUGCCAAUUCGCCGCCUUCCUGUUACCUUCCCCAGCAAUUGUGUUUGAUACACACCGAUAUACUUCUUCCCAAGUGUACACACACACUACUUCCCAAGUGUACACAGCCUAACACGACCUCAUAAAUAGAGACACACUCGAGACGUGCUCUCCAGAGCCGCAUUCUCCACGAGGCGGUGUAGGCGGUGUUGCUGGCUGAACUGUUGUCAGUAAGUGUGAUGGAUGGGCUGUCAUGCAGAGUGGGGAGUGAAUGAUGGGAAUUGUAAGGAGAACACAGGGUCCAAACCCUACAGAUGUUCUCCAAUACCUUUACCCCCAAAACAGAGAGCGAGACGAAACCCAUCCAAUUGGGCCUUCACAAUAUGGCUGUUUUUGUUGGCAGUUACUCUUCUUGUCCAAGUGUUGAAAUAUUGGCUCUAUUCCAAAACCUAUUGAGCUGCCUUGCUGUCUACUGCCUAUAUAGGUAGCUGGCUCAAAGGUUAGCAUCCUAAUAGAGUGCAAUAGUGCCAGUCCACUUUCAGUGAAGUAUUUUUCCCAUAGAUUGAUUUUUAAAAAGUCUUCAUUCAAGCAUUAUAAGCCAUGAACUACACUUACCAGUUAUGAGGUAAAUCAUAACAUUAAAAACUUUGAUUUGAAGCAAAAUAUCUAUUUGAACAUUGGAAAAUAAGACAAAUGUACAACUUUAUUGAGGGAAAGAACUACAAUCCCAUGAAACCACUGCGAGUGAUACUGUAUAUACGUAAAUAUAUAGACAAUUGGAUGGGAGCUAAGGAGUUUAUUUGCCAUUGUUUGCUUGUUGUGAUUCUCUGAUUGGUGACGAUUCCUUAGCAGAAUGAUGGAUAACAUUCUUUUUCCACUGUUAAAUGAAAACAUUUUAAAAAUAAGUUGACAAUGUGAACUGAUGGUGUCAACAAAAGCAUUCCCCUAUGGAAAACAAAAAAGAAUGGUAUUUUUAUUUCCAGAACCCAAAUGUUGAAAUGGAACCCCACAAGACUGAUGUGGAACACCAUCAACAGAGGAUAAAAUCAUUUAGAGUGCUAUGAUUUCAAUAGAGCUUGGUGUAAGAUGUUGGCAAGCUAACAACACACUCUAGUUAUCGUUUUUCACUCAUUGUCCACCAUCUUGGAUGGAAGUAUUUUUUCUGGUUGAAAUGCAUCAGGUGAUUGCAAUUUACGAAAUGCUGCCUUGCUGUCUACUGCCUACAUAGGUGAAGAGCCCCCAAGGUUGACUUAUCCUAACCUAUAACAUACUGUUAAAUUAGGACCAUGCUAAUCCCAAACUCUGAAAUUAAAGGUUGAGGAUUUUGAUUUCAAUACAGUUGCUAAACUAAAGGUACAAUUGCUCCAUAUGUACAGAGUUUCAGAAUAAAAAUGCAUAAUACACAAAUAUUGCCUAAAAUAGUCCAUUUUAAUUAGAUUUAUCUGAACUUAUAGCAAUUCAUCAUGCGAUUGCAUUAUAAGGGCCCUAUUUUAACGAUCUAAGCGCAUGGUCUAAAGCGCAAGGCACAAGUGCACUCAGGGCAUGUCCGAAUCCACUUUUGCUAGUUUAACGACGAGAAAACGGUCGACACACCCGGGCGCAUGGUCUAAACGGGUUGUCCCUAUUCUCUUAAUAAGUAAUGGGUGUUUUUGGGCGUAACGUGCAAUAAACCAACCAGAGUCUCAUCUUCCAUUCCCUUUAAGAGCGAGUUGCGCUCGCGCCAUGGCGGAUUCGCUAUUUAAAUGGCUGAAUUUUAAGGCUCACAGACUGAACGCGUCUCCAGAGAACAAACGUAUCUGCUCAUGCACGAGCAAAUAGGUUGGCUAAUUCUGAUACACGCAAUGAUUAUCCAUUAUGACAUGUAUGACAUUUUUAUAUUUAUGUAGCCUACACAAUAAUAUUAUUUUACACUAUAAUCCUUUAAUUUUUAAUAUUUGGCAUGUUUGUGUGCUACUGCGCGUCCCUGUGUGUAAUAAGCAAAGUGAACGUGCAUUGUGGACCUGCCCAGAGGCGCAUUUUGUACUAACGCGCUCUUUAAAUAACAAAAAAAAAUAUUGCACCAUUGACUUUAGACUUUAGACCAGGUUUGAAUUGGUCUAUGGUGCAGUCAUAGCAACGCACCAACAAUGCACCUGAACACACCUCUUUUUUAGACCAGCAUGCCAAUGGGCGCACAAAUGGGCGCAAAUGCAUUUGCUAUUUAAACAACAUGGCACAGGACGGGAAAAUGAGAACUGCGUCGGGCUGAAACUAGCAAAAACACUUGCGCCGUGCCUUGCGCCGGGUGUAUGAUAGGGCCCAGUGAAUCCAGGUGAUACUGCCAUUGGAAGGUAUCUCAGAACCUUUUGGAACAGCCUUAUAUGCUUUAAAAUGCUGCCUACAUAGGCAGCUCUGUAGGUUUUGGAACAGAGCCGUUGUUCUAUGUUUAUUUUGGUCCUUUUUCUGUUUUAGGACAUUACAGCACCAAACUAGCCAAGAUCGGCCCACUUUAUUACAAGGAAAGCUGAUUGAAAGCUUGCCCUCCAGCAGUUACGUUCUUACAUGCAGGAACUUAAGGUGAUUUUUAUUCCUUUAUGAGCCCUCCCCAACGUCUCCCAGCAAGAAGAACUGGUAUAUUUCCUCUGAAAAUUAAUCUUUAGGGGCUUUUAUUUCAACACUGUUAAAGAGCCAGCAUGGUGUUUAGAAACCAUCAGUGUAUGUACACUCUUCCAUAGAGCCGCCAAAGCAUCUGAAGUGGUGCUCACGUUGCAUGAGGACAUUCAGUUUUGAAUGGGAGCUCAAUCCAGGGAAUGAGUUAAGGUCCAUCUGCGAUGUAUUUUUGAGAUAACGCUCUAUUUAAAAGAUGUACUUGACUGUCUAUGUAGCCUCUAACCGAUCAUUGUUACCCAACAUGGUUGUUAUUAAAAUAAUGUCCGAUGUCUAAAAAGGCCCCUUCGACUCCUCUUAGAAACUGUAGCAGUAUGUGUUACUUCGAGGGGUGUAAAAGGGAAUUAUUUUCCAUUGGAAAAGCAAAGGGAUUGCAUGUUAUGGCCUAAAGGUCAGAUAUUGGGAAUGCUUUGCUUCUGUGUUCAUACCUGUAUAUUCGGCUGAAUAUGUAAGUGUAAAUAUGACCAACAUCCAUUUUGUCUCUUUUUUCAUUCACAUUACUUUGUUUUAACAUUUACUGUGCUUUCCUCUGUUAUCUUGAGGGUUUUUUGUUGUUUUUGUUUUGUUUGUGAAUGCGGGAACUCGGGCCUGUAUUUGCCUGAGAGUCCUCGUCUGGUGAGACUGAAGGGAAAAUACUCAUGAUCUUCAUUUCUCUUUGCUGUUGCACACAUUUUGAGUUUUGUAAACCAGUUUGUUCAUUUUGAAGAAGAUCCAUUCUUGUAAAUAUGUCCCUCUACAAGUAAAAAAUUGUAUAUUUU